AGCUGUUCUUUUAUAACGUGUAUAUAAAUAUUCUUCUGGAUACUCAUUUCUAUUAGUAAAGAGAGUUCACCAGAACGUGUUACAAUAAUAUUCUGAGGUUACAGUUGCAGGAAGUAAAUUGGGUUUAUUAUUGAGAGUCAUUCGUAAGAAACAACAUAACAUCCUCAUAGUUAUCAACUUUUUAUAUAACAAGAGAGCAUAUAUUCAACACUAAUAUAAUAUUUCUCAUGAAUGAUAUUGUUAUAACAAAAUGUUCACUGGUAUAAGAAAUAGACAACUAAACAGAAAACUGGCUCAAUUUCGACAUGCUCUUGACUCAGAAAUCGUUAAAUACAAAUAUGACAUUAAUUGGAUCAUUAGUAAACUUAAAAAUAUUAAUUGUAGACUUUUAAGUACUGAAUACUUGCAGCUUCUACAUCCAAAAUGGAUUGGUUAUACAGCGCUGCAUUUUGCUGUUGAUAAAAGUGAUUCCGAAGUUUUUGAUAUUUUGUUACAUUAUAAUGCUGAUUUUACUAUACAAGAUGAAAAGGAUUUAACACCACUUCAUAAAAUGGUAGAUGAUAGUGCUUAUACUUUAUUUUAUGAAGAAUAUAAAAUAGAUGAUCCUUUAAUUAACAUACUGUUAUCAGCACACUCCAAAUUCAGGAACUUCCAAAAUCCUACGAAUAAAGAUGGAUUUUCACAUUUUCAUAUUGCCUGUGCAACCAACAAUGUUGAAGUUGUAAAUGGUUAUUUGCUACGCAGAGAAUUCACUAAUCAAGCUGUCAAGGCAAAUGCAUCCUUUUUUCCUGGAUUUACUCCAUUACACUUUGCUGUAAAAUAUUGUGCAUUUGAAACAGUAGAUUUACUUUUAAACUGUGGUGCUAAUGUAAAAAUGAGAGAUGCUAAAAAAAUGACAGCCCUGCAUAUAGCAUUGGAGAGAAAACUAGAAAUUAUUAGUGAUAUUACUGCAGAUAAAACAGUGAGAAACACUAUUGAUAAAAUAUUGCAGUUAAUGUUAAACUCACUGAGUACUAAUUAUCAACUAAUUACCGAUGACUGGGGCUUGUCUAAUUUUCAUGUAAGUUGUGUAUUGCAAGAUUCAACAUAUGCUGAACAUUUUUUGCAAACAGAUAUAAAUAUUGAUCAUGCCAUAAAUAUGAAUUCACCACAAUGGGCAGGCUAUACUGCAUUACAUUUCGCUGCUCUUUGUAAUCUUGAUUUAUUUAUUUCACUUGCAAAAAGAAGAGCAAACGUAUACGUUAAAAAUGCAGAAGGACUCACACCUUUGGACAUGUGUCUGGACAAAUAUGAAAAUUAUGAUCUUUAUAAAAUUAUGUCUACAACAAUACACUGCAAAAAUAUUGUAAUUUCGGAUGGCAAAACAAGAUUAUAUGAUAUAAUUUAUUCCAUGCAAAAUAUAGAAAACUUUCAUAUGUUUUUAACAAGACUGGGUACAAGUGUUCGUAUUUGUGACUCACCAUUGUGGCCAGGAUUUACACUAUUGCACUUAGCUGUAACGUUGGCUAAAAAUAGAAAUAAGGCUAGCGAAGCUAGCGAGAAGAUGAGUCUAGCAAUUGUGAAACAGCUUUGCAUCGAAAAUAAUGAUAUUUUUUUUAGUCAAGAUAUUCAUGGCUAUACUGCAAUUCAUCUCGCCUUUCGAUUAAAUAGAAAACCAGCGCUCGACCUGUUGCUGGAUUUUAUGAAUGAAAUGCCUAGCUUUGUUGAUUUUGUCGAUGAAGAUGGAUUGUCGUUUCUGCACAUAGCUUCUGCUCAAAAUAAUAUUCAAAUUAUUGCACGAAUACUAACAAUGGAAUUCAAUGUAAAUAUUACCUAUAAAGGACAAUCUCCUAUUUUCCCGAAUCUAUGCUGUGGAUCAACGGCAUUGCAUUUUGCAGUUGUUAACGGAUGUGCCCUAGCAGUAGAAGCAUUGAUGUCUUGUGGUGCAGAUGUAAAUGUAAGGAAUGCCCUCGGUUUGACUCCUAUACACAUGAUAUUUCUCAGAGAAAGUAAAGAAAUGGGUGAUAUUAUAUUGACAUCACCAUUCAUGAAAGAAAUCAUUGUCAAUGGUAUUGGAUUAAGUCAUUUACAUAUUGCGUGUUUUUGUGGGAAUGUAAAUGCUGUGAGACAUCUUCUAAACAUCGGAGCUGAUAUGAGCGCAAUAAUAACUUACCCAUCAUAUAUAGAUAAGCAAUGCAAAGAAUUGUCGUUUGUGAAAAAGUAUGCGGGUCACUCAGCGUUGUCCAUAGCUUACGAAAGACACUGUUAUAGUACGGUCAGCUUGUUGUUACGACGUGGUGCUGAUAUUUUCAUGUCACUUGCGGAAGGAAAAAUAAUGUUAUAUGAAGUUAUUAAGGUUAAUCAUAGCAUUUAUUUUAAUUACUUCGUAAGAAAGUUAAAAGGGAAUCAAGCAAUGUAUGCUCGUUUACAAGCUGACACUGGAAUGACUUCACUUCAUAUUGCUUGUCUCCACUCUGAUCUCUCCGCUAUCCGAAGAAUUAUUGCCACAGGAGAAGACGUCAAUGCACAACUUCGAACACAUUCACCGAUUUGGGCAGGAUACACGCCACUGCACAUUCUUAUCCACAUUGAUGACAUAUCUAUAGCAAAACAUAUGCGUGAAAUAAUUAAAGUACUAUUGGUAGCCGGCGCUAAAGUCACAAUACAGAAUGCACAAACACAGACUGUUAUACACAUGAUGUACAAUUUUUUAUGUGAUGAUAUAUCGGAUGAGUGGAGGCAUAUAUGCAUCAAUUUGCUGCUGGAAGGUCAAAAAGAUUAUAGCGACAACCCUGUGAAUACGGACGGUGUUAGCCAUUUUCACAUCGCUUGCUAUGUUUGCAACGCCGACGUCGUCCUUAAAUUUUUAAAUUAUAAUUGCAAUCAGAUUAUUAACGCGCCGAUAGACUUCUUUCACAUUGACGAACCUGGUUACACGGCUUUACAUUUAGUUGCGGACAGUCAUCGACAAUUUGUCGGACUCCCAAAGCGACUUAAAAUAAUUGAUUUGUUAUUGAAGCAUGGAGCCAAUGCCAACUGUCAAGAUUCACACGGUGACACACCGCUACACAAGUGUGCCCGUUUAACUUCUCAAUUUGAUCUUUUCGAAAGACUUAUUAGAGGAGGAGCCAAUCCGAAUACUAGGAACGUAUUAGGAGAGACGCCACUAAAAUAUUUUUUAGAAUCAAUGACUGUUCCCAUAGACGGUUUAAAGUCUCGGUUAAGAUUGGGAUGUAGCUUGAAUGCUCAUUGUGGUAUCACUCAUAAAGGUUACUUAGGUGAAAUUCUUACUAAGCUCAGGACCGAGGAUAUGCAGAAUUUAAUUUCCGCAAUGAUUGUAAAUUAUAUAUCCGAAAUCGAAGUGGAUUAUAUGGGCCGCACAAUCAUUCACAAUAUCGUUGCUGUAGAACCACCAACGAUUACCGCAGACAUAUAUAUUUCUUUGAUUGACAUGUUAUCGGAAAUUGAGGAUAUCGAUGAACAAGACGAUUGCGGUCGAACUGCACUCCACAUCGCUGUACAAUUUUACAACUUCGAAGCCAUUAAGGGAUUGUUACUCGCCGGUGCUGAUAUUAACGUAAUCGAUAAUCAUGGGACAACUGCAUUAGCUCAUGACUUUAUUUCUUGCAAUCAGUGUCAUAUUGAAAAUACUUGCGCGCAUUAUAAAACGCGCAAAAUUUUAUUAACUCACAUCAAAAAGUUGCAAGCGUGUGGGUUACACGUAAUACAGCAAAAUGCAAAUUUUGCAGCCCAAGCUAUGAGAAAUUAUCGAAACCCAGAAAUAUUGAACGACCAUUUUUCUAAUGAACUUGAAAAUGCUAAACAUGAAGAAAUUGAACCGCAUGGAAUCAUUCUUUAUGACUUAUUGUGUGAAACUGGUGUCGUUACUUAUUAUCCAACCAUGGCUAAAGUGAAGCGUGAAGGUAUAAGGAAAUUCUUUUCUCCAGAGAGAUUUCAAUCAAUGAGAUAUCGUUUUCCUAACCUCGCAGGCUUAUUUCAAUUGCAGUAUAGAAAAGCUAUAGCAAGACCAAAACUGCUUGAGUUGUCCACAAAUUCUUUGUUUGCUUUAACAGGAUUUGCGGUACCGGAGAUUUCCGAACAAAUUUUUAAAUUAUUAGGAAACUCAGACUUAGAGCAUAUAAUUAUAUCAUCAAACAUUUAAAAAAAUUUUUUAAUACAUGAAAAUGAACUCUCUUAUAUAUACUUAUUUCAUUGACUGGAAACACGUUCAGUAUUUAAUAAACAUGCCUAAUAGUGUUAAAGAAACUUUAGGUAUUUUUGUCAUUGCUGAUUUGAAUUUCAGUAUCUUUUAAGAUCCUUAAUUAACAUAUGCAUCAAUAAAUAUUGAACCAAUUAUAGUUUAACUAAUUGUAUGUUCUUACUUCCUGUGCAUUGUUUAUAAAAUAAAAUAUGUUAAUUAUGUAAUUGAAAAUGUUUUAAAUGUUAUCUAAUGAAUAUUGUGCUUCAUCUAUAUUUUAUUUAUACUUAAGUUAAAAAACCUUGUAUUUAUUUAAAAUUAAUGUUAUGAAAAUAUUUAGCUACGGCUAACACCAGAUACCAAAUUGUAAAAAUAUGUUUACCGCUCACUGAUUCAUAUUAUGUCAUGCUAAACAGAGGAAUCUUAAAUGUACAUAUCAUGAUUAUAUUUGCAGAAUAUUUUAAUUAUAAAUUGUAUUAUAAAAUGAAUUACAAUUUAUUUAAAAUACAUAUUAUUUUAUUUUAUUGUGUAAUAUAUGAACUGUUACAUUUAGGACAAGGCAAAGUAGAACGAUUCGUACUGGAUAAUAAAGUUUGAG